AUGGAUCACGAGAAGGAUCCCGGAUGGCAGUUCUUGCGCCGUACUCGCGAGCAAAUGCUCGAGGAUCAAAGCAAGCCUUAUGAUUCCAAGAAGAAUUGUUGGAUCCCAGAACCCGAAGAGGGUUACGUUGCUGGUGAGAUCACAGCCACUAAAGGAGAUCAAGUCACCGUCGUCACCGCCCGUGGAAAUGAAGUCACCCUCAAGAAGGAGUUGGUUCAAGAAAUGAACCCUCCUAAAUUUGAGAAGACUGAAGACAUGUCCAACUUGUCUAUGCUUAACGACGCUUCUGUACUUCACAAUUUACGUGCCCGUUAUGCUGCUAUGCUUAUCUACACAUAUUCGGGUCUUUUCUGCGUCGUAAUCAAUCCAUACAAACGUCUUCCAAUUUACACCGACUCUGUUGCCCGUAUGUUCAUGG